AUGGGCCCGAGGAUGACAUUCGCCAUAUUCUGUCUGCUAUCUAUCGUCUGUUCAUCUAAUACAUUCAUCACAACUUCGGUAGAAAACAACACAUGUAGAUCGAUUCCAGGUAAUCACUUAGAUGCUGCAUUAACCAUCUGGGAAUUUCUCAAGGUCAAAGACACAAUACGAAAGAGUGAUAUCAUAAUUGGUCUUGGAAGCCAUGAUAGAAGAGUUGCCAUAGAAGCGUCCCGUCUCUGGUUGGCCGGGUAUGCAGAUUUAUUGAUGUUUUCUGGAAAAUCAGGAAAUUUGACACUAGGAAAAUGGGGUAAAAGCGAAGCCGAGAUUUUUCGUGAUGUGGCUAUUUCAAUGGGAGUGCCGGUAAAUAAAAUUCUUAUGGAAAGAAAUUCAAAAAAUACAGGUGAAAAUCUCAAAUACAGUUAUGAAUUGCUGAAACAAAAUAGCAUGUUACCGAGAUCUUUAAUUAUUGUUCAGAAACCCCACAUGGGCCUACGAACAGUGGCAACAUUUGAAAACCAGUGGCCAGGUAUUCAAACGGAAGUUACGUAUAUGGUGACGUCACCAAAUAUUUCUCUCUUAGACUACCCAAAUCACGAUGUGGGUGAUUUGCAAGAUGUUAUAUCAGUGAUGAUUGGCUAUUUACAGCGUAUCAAGGUGUAUGGAGAAAAUGGCUUGCAGAGUUAUCAACGUAUACCCAAAAAUGUGUGGGAUGCUUUUAUCCAGCUCAAGUCUUCUGAUAUAUACUCUUCACACCUCCUUACCCCCGGAGUGCCACAGGGCCUAUUAUAGGCUAUAUACUACUACCGUUGAGUGCCAGAGAGCCUAUUAGUAGGCUCUCCGAAAUCCGACCGUUCAACAAUAUCAAUGACGUCAUCGACAAUUAAAUAACGUCAUUGACGACGGCGUUUCCGUGUCUCGGCAUUCCAGCUCGGUGGAAUAAUGUCGGCGCGAUUGUUUGCUCCUUGGUUUCGACCUUAUCCUCCUGAGAACCGUGACUUCAUCCAACCAUGUACCAUCACUACAGACUCUGGUUUGUCUCCACCAGGGAAAAACCAAAAGUUUUUGUCAAGAGACAUUAUCAAGAAGAUACUUGAUAGAAAGAAAAGAAAAGAUAUGAUCCGAAAUUAAAUCGCCUCUUACCAUAAUGGAACGGGGACAGCAGAUACAUUUUUUUCACGCCCUAUAUAUAUAUAUAUACAUAUAUAUAGCUACCUGCAGAACAGUGACAAGUAUGCAAGCGCCUGUGGCAUUAGCUUGUCCUGCCAUGGUACAUGUACAUACUGUGGAUUCAAACACAGGGACUUGAGAAUUUGUUACAGUGUAUAUGUUAUUGAACCUUCCCUAGUACAGCACAUAUUCAAA